AGAAGGGGAAAAAAAACCGGUGCUGAAACUAGUGUACCUCAGCGAUGCUGGCCUCAACCUGCCUAUCCCCUUACUUCCUUCGCAUCCCCAUCUACACCAGCACACACGGCUUCUUCCUCUCCGGCAGCCCCCGCCACUGCCAUCCUCCACCACGGCACAUGUCAGGUUUCGUCCUGCACGCCGCGCUGGGCGAUGGAGGCGGCGGCGGCGAGCUCUCCCGUGCGUCGUCGCGACGGCACGCGUAAGCCGCACGUCAUAUUUGUCAUCCGCGCGCUACUGCUCAUGUGCAAGAUAGCCCGCGUGGUCGCCGCGCUGAUUCGCGUCCUGUACCACGUCGCGGUGGCCGUCCCCGUCAAAAGCCUCCUCGGCGCCGUCAAGGUCGCCUUCUCGCUCGUGAACGGGCCGUGCCUCCGGUACAUGGACCAGGCCGCGCUCGGGCGGAGCUACACGGGCACCUUCUUCGGCGACCUGCUGGCCGGAGCCAUGGCGCAUUCUUGGAGGCUGCUCGUGCAGGGCCUGACGUCGCUGAUGUUUCUCUGUGCCCAUGCAGACGAGUAUGUGCGGCCGCCGCCGAGCCCGCUGGUGCUGGUGGCGCACGACAAGCCGGCGUCCCAUCCUCAGCAGUACCAGGUACACAUUUCGGUUGUCGGGGAGAACAACAUGCGCAUUUCAUGGGUCACCGACGACCGGAGCGCGCCGUCCGUGGUGGAGUACGGCAAAUCUCCAGGCAAGUACACGGCGUCGGCGACUGGUGGCCGCACCACGUACAGGUACUUCUUCUACAAGUCCGGCGCGAUCCAUCACGUCACGAUCGGCCCACUGGAGCCAAGCACGGCGUACUACUACCGGUGCGGGAAGGCCGGCGACGAGUUCGGCCUCCGCACUCCGCCUGCCGCUCUGCCCAUCGAGUUCGUCGUCGUCGGCGACCUGGGCCAGACGGGGUGGACGGCGUCGACGCUGUCGCACAUCGGCGGCGCCGACUACGACAUGCUACUCCUCCCCGGCGACCUCUCCUACGCGGACACGCGGCAGCCGCUGUGGGACUCGUGGGGCCGCCUGGUGCAGCCGCAGGCGAGCGCGCGGCCGUGGAUGGUGACGGAGGGCAACCACGAGGUCGAGGCGCUCCCCGUGGUUGAGUUCGCGCCCUUCGCCGCGUACAACGCGCGGUGGCGGAUGCCGCACGAGGAGAGCAGCUCCCCCUCCAACCUCUACUACUCCUUCGACGCGGCGGGCGGCGCGGCGCACGUCGCGAUGCUGGGCUCGUACGCCGGGUUCGAGGAGGGGUCGGAGCAGUACCGGUGGCUGGAGAGGGACCUAGCGCGCGUGGACAGGCGGCGGACGCCGUGGCUGGUGGUCCUGCUGCACGCGCCGUGGUACAACACCAACCAGGCGCACCAGGGCGAGGGCGAGAGGAUGCGCAGGGCCAUGGAGCACCUGCUGUACGACGCCCGCGUCGACGUCGUCUUCGCCGGACACGUCCAUGCCUACGAGCGCUUUACGAGGAUCUAUGACAAUGAGGCCGAUAACCGGGGCCCGAUGUACAUCACGAUUGGUGAUGGAGGCAACAGGGAAGGCCUUGCUCUCAAGUUUAUCAAGAACCACAAGUCGGCGCACCUGUCGGUGUUCCGGGAGGCGAGUUUCGGGCACGGCCGGCUGAGGAUCCUCAACGAGAUGAGCGCCGUCUGGACGUGGCACCGCAACCACGACGAGCAUGCCACCGUCGGCGACGAGGUCUGGCUGGAGAGCUUGACUGCAAAACCGAGCAUAGCAACACCCGCCGCACGCCACGUUGGUGGGUUGUAGAACACAUGUAGAGGAAAGGGUUGUUUGUGACAGCUCUAGCUUCGAGAUUGUACGAGAUCUGAAAUUCGUA